AUGUCUGGCUUCGACAAGACACCCUAUCGCGGCUCAGGAGACUUCAAUGAUUCCGUACCCAGUUUGCCCGACAAUGCCUUCGCCUACAGUCAAGGGCUCUACAUGACCCAGGUUUAUGCACCGUCCCAGGAGGAUCUCGGCAGUCCCGAUACCGACAGCCUACAAUAUCCCCCUCCACAUGGCUACGCAGGCUCAACGUUUGAAGAGGCUCAUUCUCCUCUCUUUGACUCGGUUGCGACUACUUCCCCAGAAGUUGUGUCCUUUUCUCCGCACAGAGGCUCUGAGAAUAGCGAGGUCUGUGUUCGUGUGCUGUCGCCCUUCGACUUGCACUCGACUGCUCGUGCCAUCUUCAUUUCGUUCGGAUCUCGGCAGUGCGAAUGCAGUGUCAAUGUGCUAUCCAACCAGCCUUCUUUCAGCUAUGACUUUUUGGCUAAAGUGCCCACUUUCGCCUUGACCAUGUCGCCGUCAUUCGAUGUGUCAUUGCACCUAGUGAUUGACAUACCAGCUGCUAGCGGCCCGAUUAUGCUGCAAGUUGGUGUCUUUACCUAUGAGCAAUACUUGCAACCCCGCAUCGAUGACUCCAAGAAGAGAAGUCUGUCCGCAUUUUCUGAGAACACUGCUCUACGCCCAGCCAAGCGUCAUUCAGCCCACGAAAUGGAGACCAAGCCGGAACAUCACACCCAUGCACGGUCAGCAUCAUACUCCCCGUUCAUGCACACCCCAGCAACUACCAGCACUUUACCCGGCCAUAGCUCCCCUAGUCUCGCCUAUGAUUUCCUCGCCCCUCCUACCCAAGUCUCCUACACCUCACUUCAGGCAGUCCCCCCUGUGAACACUGCCUGGAGUCCUUCAAUGUCGACCACCAACACCCCAGCCCCGGCUGUUGCCAUCUCUACUCAGGAUCAGACCCCUACCUUGAUUCGUACAUCGACAUUGCAGCAAGGCCAUGGCUUGGGCUCCUCACCUGCCUUCAACCCAUAUGCUAUGUACCCUUCUAAGGCUGUUUUGAAGCUCAAUGGAGAUCUCGAUGCGAUGGCCACGGGUUGGAGUGAUGAAGAAAAAGUUACACAGCGCCGUCUGGUUCAAUUCACGCGCUCGCAAAGCGGUAGCACUAUUCAUGCCGAUUUCAAGCCUAUCUCCCCGCAGGAACGUGCUCCUAACAGCAUUUGCAUCAGCUGCAUUGCUUGGGAGGGCAAGAACGAGUGCUUCGUCACGAGCGUUGACACUAUUUAUCUUCUUGAGUCCCUCGUAGCUGUUCGCUUCACGGUCGAGGAGAAGAACCGCAUCCGCCGCAACCUGGAGGGUUUCCGUCCGCUUACAGUGUCAAAGACCAAGGCCGAUAGCGAGGAGUUCUUCAAGGUCAUCAUGGGCUUCCCUGCACCUAAGCCACGUAACAUCGAGAAAGAUGUCAAAGUCUUUCCCUGGAAAAUUUUGUCUCUCGCCUUGAAGAAGAUUAUUGGCAAAUACUCUGCGAGCUAUUCGUCUACUGCUGGAGCGCUUUCCGCCACAUUGAGUGCUAGUCAUUCCAUAGGGUCGGACAUCGGGACUGAGUCCCAAAACCCAUCGUCUCCGCAGUCGGUGUCUGAAUCCACAACUUCCAGUGUCUAUCCUGUUAGUUUCACAUCUGCCAACCUGUCACCAGCUAUGAUGCAGACAACAUCCAGCCUUGGCUCUGAUUUCAAUACAGCCAUGGCUGUUUCAGGUCCCGACUACUCUACGUUGCCAACAGCCUACGGAUACGAUGCGUCUUUCCAACCUAACCCGAUGAUGGCAAACGAGCCGUCGUGGGAUUUUGGUUCGUCUUCUAACCCGGAAGAUUUCGACUUGACGUCAAAUAUCCCAUACUAG